AUGGGUAAUGAUCCCGGGCAAAGUCCAGGAGCGAUACGAGGAGAUGCAGACAAUAUUCACAGACCGGAUCCUGCUCUAUUGCGGACCAAUGGAUUAAAUCCCAACCAUGUUGCUGGUGCCUAUCCGGAUCGCCCUCGAGAAGUGCCGUCACAGCAUUCCUUACGGUCUCAGGCAUUUGCUUCCAUUCCCUCUACCAACGGAAACCACUCUUCAGGCGGUGGUGGUGGUGCGGAUGGUGAUGUCGCGGAGGAGCUAGCGUGGGGUCCCUCGCAUCCUUGUUUCCCACAUAUGAAUCCACAUGUCCCUGUCACAUCCGACGAAUAUCAGAACACCCGUAUCAUCCGCAUACGACGUGAUUGGAUGGUCAAGGGUGAUCUCGCGCCUACUUUUUCGAAUUUGUAUCCUGAAAUCCUUGACCCCAUUCUUCCUGAGCUUGAGUUCCGAACGGUUAUCGCAAAGAUAAACAAGGAACUUAUAUCUGCGUUUGACCCUUAUAGUGUACGCAACUGGCUUGAUGGUGCGAUUGGGCUAGUAACGGGCUGGGUCUGGGAUGACCUCGGUGUGACCGGCAUCAAGAGCCAUCUGAAGUCCAUCGAGCAGUGGCUUGAGCACUGGAAUGAGACCGUUGGUAGUACAGAAGGCGUGAAGAUCUGGAGUCUACGGAGCACGGGCUAUAUGUCUGUCGACAUCCAGAUUCCAGAUCCGAAAGUUGGCAUUGUCGAGACCGAUGCAGUAUCUGCUACUGACAUGAGACCCAAUACUGCAGGGCGUAAUGCCGAAAACCACUUCCUCCCACCAUCGGAAAGCUGA